AUGAAAAAAAAUAAUAAGAAAACAUAAAAUACAAAAGCUAAAGUUAAUCCUUCUUCAAAUGAUCGAUAUUAUAUGGAUUAAUCUAUUGAUGAAGAGGUCUACAUCAAAAAUAACUAUAAAGUUGUUAGAGAACUGGGUAGAGGAGGUUAUGGAGUUGUUUAUAAAGCGUACCUAAAUUAUUUUUACAUUGUAGGGUUGGACUUAACCAAGGUUAAAUCGAUAAAAAUAAAAAAUAUGCUAUUAAGGUUAAUUUUUCAACUGUCUCACCAGAACUUAUUUUUGCUGAAAUUGGAUUUUUGAAAUUAGUUUAUGGCAAAGAAAAUAUGCCAUAAUUGGUAAACUUAUUUCUUACAGAUCAAAAAAUUUAUAUAGUUAUUGAGUAUUUUACAUACAAACCAUUCAUCGUAUCAAUCAUAUAAUAAUUUAGACUUUCUUUGCUACUUUUGAUAUGAUGGAAAUUAGACGAUAUUUAUAUGAAUUACUAAAAGCCUUGAAUGUAUUGAAAUAAAAUGGAAUUUAUCAUCGUGAUGUUAAACCUGGAAACUUUCUCUAUAAUCCAAAGACAGGCAAAGGAAUUCUAAUUGAUUAUGGACUAAGUGAAAUUGAUAGAUCAUUUGUUGCUAAAUUGAUUGAAAAAGAAAAAGAAUUAUCAAAGAAAGUAUAAAUAAACACUCUAUUAAAUUUAAGUAACCUUAAUCUGAUGAAGUAUAAGAAAUUAGAAGAAAAAUUAAUCUUUAUAAUGAAAUCUAAAAAACUAUUGAUCAAAUUGGAAAUAAUAAAAUUGGUACAGAAAGUUUUAUGCCUUUAGAGAGCAUAUUACAUUAUUAUGUAUUUAUAAAUAAAUAAUUAUUGAAGGACCAAUCUUAUGAAGUGGAUAUGUGGGCUGUAGGAGUAAUAUUCCUACAAUUUUUAACUAAAAAAUAUAAUUUAUUUAGUAAUGUACGUAUGAUUAAUAAACCUGUUGUAACUAAAAACUUUUUUUAUGUUAAUUUUAUAUUAGAAUUGGCAAGUUUAUUUGGUUCAGAAUAAGUUAAAUAGAUUUGUGAGCAGUUUGGUAAAAUUAAUACAUUUAUAUUUAUAAGAAUAUGAUCUUAAAUUACCUUCAGUUGUUGCAACAAAACCAGUUUAAUGGAAAUCUAUAAUAAAUAUAGAUGGAUUUGAUAGUGAUGCUGAAGAUUUGCUUUCAAGAUUGCUUUGUUUAAAUCCAAAAUAAAGGAUCAAAGUUGAAGAUGGAUUAAAGCAUCCUUUUUUUAAACCUUUGUUAGAACAAGAAAAAUAAAAAUCAAUUAAUUUUUAAGAUGAUUAGGAAAUAUAGCAAUAAAAAGUUUAAGAAAAUUGA